AUGAAUUUGACUCCAGGUUAUACUGCACCCAGCAAGCAAAUGCAGUGGGCACUUGUGCUACUGGCGAAAUUGAUGCAGUCACUGGCAAACAAUGUCGAAUACACCAUUUCGACAGAAUCGUUUAUGCUUCACCAGUCAAACCUCGGCCGAAAAGACGGCUUGAAACAUCCAAGAAUGCUGUAUAUCCAAAAGAGAUUCUAG